UCGUCGGAGGUGGUGAAAGACAAUUCCCUCGGAAACUGUGCGCCAUUCCGGAUAAAGGUCUCGUUGGAAACUGUGCCCAGCCAAACACUUCUGGGGCGCAGGAGAGCUAAAACUGGGAAAGCUCCAAGUAUAUGGCGAGCGAGUGGAGGUGAACAAAGAAGUUCUAUGGAUAAUGAUAAGAACAUGGGCGAACGACGCAGCUGGCAAAGCUCCCGACGGCGAUAUGACUCGAUAUCAGACGAUACAGACUCGGAUUCCUCCCGGUCGCAUAAAAGAACGAGGAAAACAUAUGACUCGGACUCCAUCUCCUCCAGUUCGAGCUCUUACAUCUCCAGAAGAAGAUCUAGAUCUCGGUCUGUGUUAUCCAGCAUAUCCCAGUCGUCAUCAGGGAUCUUGUCGUCCGCGGACGAUUCGCUAUCCGAUUCCGAGACAUCGAUAACAUCGGAGGAGCGUCGAGACCGACGCAAAUCCAGCAGCCGAGAAUCGUACGAUCGCUCGCGACGAACAUCACAGAAGGUGACACCGUCGCCUGAGGAAGUACGUCACAGAUCACAUUCUGCACCACUGGCCGGCCUACACCCGGUGCCGAUACCAGCGGAGGCGGUAGAGAACUUCCCAUCCCCAGUCUUGGAACCGGAACCCUCCGUUGCGCAUCCAACAGAUGAAGCGUUGGACGCCAGCAGGAAGGGUCUCGCGCAGAACCUCCGCACGACGCACGCGGUAUUGAUGCAGUACGGCCUCCUGAACGCCGACGGACUCCCAUUUCCCAUUUCCUCCGAAAACCUCGCACAGUAUAUCGAUAUCCAGUCCGAGCGAAUGGGACGGGGCGAGAUACAGCUCUCGUCACUGAAAUGGUACCUCCACUCCAUGCGUCGCAUGCACAUUGAGAAUGGGUGGGAGUGGGACGGGGUUCGCAAGACAAGUUUGGUGGUUGCGGCUUGGGAAACGGCCAAAAAGCUCUCGCAUCAGGGAAAGCGAAUUCGCGCGAUGCAGGGCGCCCCUCCACGAAAGCGGGGGAAGAAGGGCAGUCUGAAUGACGUGAAUGCGCCGCCGUUGAAGCCGGAGCCUGUUCGUUUGUCAGCUCCAUCUGCCUCCUUGGACAUCCCCGGUUCUUCCGGUACCCCGACCGAAAGGGCUAGGAAACUAGCUCAGCUCGGUACCCUCGUUGCCCGAGACGAAAUUACCACAGUGCCUGCCGCCGGGUCCACUGUUAAAACGAAAGGGCGGUCGAAGGAUGCACUAUCUCGGCUGGCCGAGGAGGAACGUCCGAUCGAUGUUGGGCAGCCUGUGCCGCAUAAGCACACUCCUACCACCUCCGGCGGCAGUUCGUUGCUUUCUGAUGGGGACGACGUCGCGGGGAGUGGCUCGGACGUGACCAGCGAGGACGGGGAUCACACGACACGUACCGGGCCUGCUGGAACCGAUCCGUCUCCGCGAUCGAAACAUAUAGGCCUUCCAUCCGACUCCGUUACGAUGCCAAGGGGUGUCAAAUUAUGGAAUCGACGAGAUGGCAGCGCGAAGGAUGCAGCGCCUGGUUCCGCUUACCCUCCACGCGCCCCGUCUGCGUCUCCUGGGAGAAGGUCGAAAGGCACGAUGCAGAGCCUGACGGAUAGGCCGGUGCUCUCACACCGUGCUUCGUCGAAGGGAGAUGGUGAGCGUCCCGCUGUAGCCGGCAGAUACAUGCCCGAUCACAUGGAGUUCUCAAGCAGGCACGGGAGUUUCGAUUAUGCCCAUCGGACGGGUUUUGAAGAAGAUGAUGGGAAAGGUGCGAGAAGAGGAGGGUUCCCAUAUCCUUCCAUUCUCCUUGGGAAGCGCAGCAGUUCCUCAUUCGACCAAUCCAUACCGGGAAUCUGCAACGACGAACUGGACGCCAUCAUCCGAGAAGCACGCAGCUCGCUGGACACCUGGAGUCGCGAAUCCGGAACAACGUCCCGAUCUCGCACGCGGAGUGGCGCGGAAAGCCGGUCGGGUUCAGCUCGACCUUGGUUGCCCAGAGCGCAAGGCUACUCCCCUUACCCCUACUACUCCCAGCCUGACGUGUCACCCUCAAACGACGUGGGAGCAUCAGAUACAGGCGAAUCGCACAGACGGCCCACCUCGUCGUCUGACGCGCGACCAACCCCCUACUCCCACCCGAAUCAUUACGAUCCGGCUGCGUGGCGAAACCCUUACCCAUAUUCGCACCCUUACGCGCCCCCACACCACCCGUACCCACAGGAACACCGACCUCCACUCCACUCGGAAAUCAGCGCCGGAAGCAACUCCACAGGCGUCACGUCGCAAGACAGUGUCGUCUUUCCGCAGGGUGAGGUGGACACGCGGCGGCCCCACGACCCCGUCCGACGAUACUCAAUGCGCAGCGAUUCGCCGCACAGUCCGUCCUCGACACGCCGACGCAGCUCCUUUGGAUGGCCCCCGCAGGACGGAAACGCGCACCCUUAUUACCCGUACCCUCACUACGGGCACGGAUACCUCCCGCCUCCACCUCCGCCGGGAUGGCCGUCGUACCCACCGCCCACUGCUUCUGGGCACUACCCAGGCCCGCACCCGCCUUGGCCGUCGGACUAUGACGGUCGAGGACAUGUUGAAGAGAGAGACGGCGGACACGGUCACGACGAAACAAUGCUGAACCGCGCCCCCUCUGUCCGAAGCGCACCGAGGCCGAGUCCCGAUAAGCAGGCCCAACGAUACGCUCAACCACAGAAAACGGGUUCCGAGCCCAAGGACAUACUACUCCUCCCGCCGGCCAUAAUCCCAAAGAAACGCGGGCGGCCCUCAAAGAAGGACCUGGCGGAACGGGAGAGGAAUCAGGCGUUGGGUGUUGUUCCGGCGGCUGUGAAGCGGAAGCCGGGAAGGCCAAGGAAACAUCCACCGGUGGAGUUUCAUGAGGGUGGGGGUGAGGGCGUGGGGAUGGACUGAGGAGUAGUGAGGAGAGGAGGUGUAUAAUCAUUGUGAGCCUCAUAGAAUGGUGGCGUUAUGAACGUCUGUCUGAAAUACAAAUACUGUUGCUG